AUGACGACCGCUGAACCUAAUGUCGAGGUAGAUAAGGGGCAAAUUUCUGACAUAUCCUCAUUUCUGCUGGGUCUACCCAAGAAUGCUGACACAACAAUACGCGUCUUCAGUAGAAACAAAGGCGACUACUAUUCUGUACACGGGGAAGCCGAUGCGUUAUUUAUAGCACAGCACUACUACCACACCAUGGCAAUUGUGAAAUACUUCGGAGGUAAGAAAGAGCCGUUUGUCAACAUGAGUCAGAUGAUGUACGACUCUGUCAUCCGAGACCUGCUGCUCGUGCGGCAGUACCGCGUGGAACUGUACGCAAAGGAGGGUAAGCAGCCGUGGACACUGCACAAGAAGGGUACCCCGGGGAAUCUGCAAGACUUCGAAGACGAGGUGUUUGUGGGGGGCGAUCAGUCCAAUUCUGCUGUAGUCGUUGCGGUCAAGUUGAAGAUGAAAGAUGGCAUCAGGACCGUCGGUGUGGCGUACGGAGACGCCACUCAGCGCAAAUUGGGUACGUGCGAGUUUUUGGACAAUGAUCAGUUCUCAAAUCUGGAGGCGCUUAUAGUACAGUUAGGGGCGAAGGAGUGUUUGCUGGCUACCGAAGCAAGCAACCCUGAUUACGUUAAGAUGGCGAAGAUGAUUGAUCGCAGUGGCAUGAUGAUCACAAUCAGGAACACAACCGAAUUCAGUGUCAAGAAUAUUGAGCAGAGCUUGGACAGGUAA